AUGAAUUACGCUCUGGAUGAGUGCCAACCAAAUGGGAAGAUCCCUGUUUUCACGUCAUACAGGGCCCGUCAAUUCACAUAUCAAGGAAUACCCACGCAAUCAGAGGUGCGUACGGCAUCCCGGUCUUCGAAUUGUGAUGGGAAGCUAAAACAAGAUUCGUUUUUGUCAGGAACUGGUACAACGGACGCGUUUAUCCGCUCCCAAUGUCUUUCCCGUUAG